AGCGUGCCCCAGCAGGAGGGCAGGGGCACAGAGAGGAGCCCCUGGCCCUGCCACAGCCCCCUAGGCCACUCACCAUGGCGUCGGGCUUGGAGCAGGCGGAGGAGCAGCGGUUGUACCAGCAGACGCUCCUGCAGGACGGGCUCAAGGACAUGCUGGACCAUGGCAAGUUCCUGGACUGCGUGGUGCGCGCGGGCGAGCGCGAGUUCCCGUGCCACCGCCUGGUGCUGGCCGCCUGCAGCCCCUACUUCCGGGCGCGCUUCCUGGCGGAGCCUGAGAGCGCGGGCGAGCUGCGCCUGGAGGAGGUGUCCCCGGACGUGGUGGCCCAGGUGUUGCACUACCUCUACACGUCGGAGAUCGCGCUGGACGAGGCCAGCGUGCAGGACCUGUUCGCCGCGGCGCACCGCUUCCAGAUCCCGUCCAUCUUCACCAUCUGCGUGUCCUUCUUGCAGAAGCGCCUGUGCCUGUCCAACUGCCUGGCCGUCUUCCGCCUGGGCCUUCUGCUCGACUGCGCGCGCCUCGCCGUGGCCGCCCGCGACUUCAUCUGCGCGCGCUUCACCCUGGUGGCGCGCGACGCCGACUUCCUGGGACUCUCGGCCGACGAGCUCAUCGCCAUCAUCUCCAGCGACCGCCUGGACGUGGAGAAGGAGGAGGCGGUGUUCGAGGCGGUGAUGCGCUGGGCGGGCGGCGGCAACGCCGAGGCGCAGGCAGAGCGCCAGCGCGCGCUGCCCACCGUGUUCGAGAGCGUGCGCUGCCGCCUGCUGCCGCGCGCCUUCCUGGAGAGCCGCGUGGAGCGCCACCCCCUGGUGCGCGCCCAGCCCGAGCUGCUGCGGAAGGUGCAGAUGGUGAAGGAUGCGCACGAGGGCCGCAUCACCACGCUGCGCAAGAAGAAGAAAGGGAAGGAGGGAAAGGAGGCGACCGGGGCCAAGGAGGCUGACAAGGGCACAGCGGAAGCCCAGGCAGACGAGGACGAGGAGACCGAGCGCGUCCUACCUGGCAUCCUCAACGACACCUUGCGCUUUGGCAUGUUCCUGCAGGACCUCAUCUUCAUGAUCAGCGAGGAGGGUGCCGUGGCCUACGACCCCGCAGCGAACGAGUGCUACUGUGCCUCCCUCUCCAACCAGGUCCCCAAGAACCACGUCAGCCUGGCCACCAAGGAGAACCAGGUCUUCGUGGCCGGGGGCCUCUUCUACAACGAGGACAACAAAGAGGACCCCAUGAGUGCUUACUUCCUGCAGUUUGACCACCUGGACUCAGAGUGGCUGGGGAUGCCACCGCUGCCCUCACCGCGCUGCCUCUUCGGCCUGGGCGAAUCGGUGCACCCCGAAUAUGUGUGAGGUGGGAGGGUGAAUGCAGAGACCCGCACUGAUGCACGCCUGAGCCGGGCACCCGCGUCCCCUCCGGUCCCGUCCAGGUCGUUCAAGUGGGGCGAAUCGGACUCGCUGCCUUACGCCGUGUAUGGCCACGCAGUACUCUCCCAUAUGGACCUCGUCUACGUCAUUGGCGGCAAAGGCAGCGACAGGAAGUGCCUGAACAAGAUGUGUGUCUAUGACCCCAAAAAGUUCGAGUGGAAGGAGCUGGCACCCAUGCAGACUGCCCGCUCACUCUUUGGGGCCACCGUCCAUGACGGCCGCAUCUUUGUAGCGACAGGAGUCACUGACACAGGGCUGACCAGCUCUGCUGAGGUGUACAGCAUCGCAGACAACAAGUGGGUGCCUUUUGAAGCCUUCCCGCAGGAGCGGAGCUCGCUCAGCCUGGUCAGCCUGGUGGGCACCCUCUAUGCCAUUGGCGGCUUUGCCACGCUGGAGACCGAGUCCGGAGAGCUGGUCCCCACGGAGCUCAAUGACAUUUGGAGGUAUAAUGAGGAUGAGAAGAAGUGGGAGGGUGUCCUGCGGGAGAUCGCCUACGCAGCAGGUGCCACCUUCCUACCUGUGCGGCUCAACGUGCUGCGCCUGACCAAAAUGUGA